CCUGGCAAGCCUUGCCGAACCAAAACAUCAACUACAGAAUUCCAACAACUUAUCCUCACAUAUUCGUUCAAUCGCCUUAGGUCUGUAAUAACAUCGCAUUGUAUGGCGACUGUAUCGACUUUUUAGAGUCAUGAUUCGUCGUCCUCCCACCCGUUUGGAGUUGAAAAUGGACGAUAUCAAGGAGUACGAGCGCAUGAAGUCCGAAUCUCGGAAGAACAUCUUCGGCAACUCUCCCACGCACAACAGUACGGCUAACGAGAGUGGCUCCCUCUCGAGUGCGGCCGAGCCGAGCUCAACAGACAAGAGGAACGCCUUGUACGCCCGCAUUGGAUUCGAUCCCAAGCCUCGUAAACCCUCCUAGAUGAGUUGUUGGCUUCCCCGUUUGACCUUUACGGGGGUCGUCUACCAUUGAGUGAAUCUUUUCUAUUUUGGUGACGCAAUAAUACUCUGUUUACUAUG